UUUCUACAUUGUUUGUAUGUGCGCCUGUGGUGUGACGUCAUUUGUAUCUAUAACACCGUAAGGGGGUGUGGUGUGUAUAUUAGCGUGUGUCUGUUCACCUGUGGGGCACGGCGGGUUGUUUGGAGCAUGGCUGCAGGGUGAGAAUGGGGAACAAACUUUCUGUUGACCGUCAGCAUCAUCGUCACCGGAGUAAUUAUUGUCACUAACGUCACUACGAAGUUUUAUGCGCUGUUGAUCCUCUCUUGACUGAUGAAAGGCAUCUAUCAAUUCAAAGUAUGACUCCUGGAUUACCUGUUUGCAUGUGGACCUGUGCACCAAUGAGAACCUUCCGGAGGUAAAUAGGAUCAGUGCAGCCAACAUGUCGCAGGGUGCAGUCCUACAUCUGCUUUGUGCGUUUGGAUUCUUUCACCAAUGUCAAACCUCUCUGGUCCAAUCCCAGCAGCUUGUGUUAGCAGCUCUAGGAGACAACACCUACUUAACCUGUUGGUUGAUGGAUUCUAAAGAUGUCGUGCAAGUCACGUGGCAGAAAAUCAUUGCUGGUGGGACGACGGAUCUCGCUUCUUACAACAAACACUUUGGUCAGAAAGUGAAUACUGGGUUUCAGGGAAGAGUGGAGAUUAAAUCUGCUGGACUGCAGAACAGCUCCAUAGUGAUCAGAAACGUGACUCACCAGGAUAAAGGAUGCUACCGCUGUUUGUUUAACACCUACCCCGAUGGUGCUUUCACUGGGAGAUCAUGCCUCCAGCUCUAUGAGCUGCAUGGACCCUUUCUACACGUCACAGAGUCACACUCUGCUGAAGAGCUAGUCGUGUCCUGCUCAGCCACAGGUCCACCUGUUCCCACGGUAACGCUGACUGUCCCCCACCACAACUCCACCAGCGUCACCAACACCAAUGGAACAGUCACCGUCACCACUACAGCCGUGCUGUCUCGUCUCCAUGACAACAGCCACCGGGUUGGAUGUGCAGCGCGAGUUCUCUCCGGUCGUCAGAUCGAUGUGUAUGAGAUGAUUCCUGAGGUCAGACUGUCGCCUCCUGAUGAUGUUCCUUUGAUCACUGGUGUGGUCGUCGGAGUGAUCUGUGUUGUUGUUGUUGUCGUUGUUGUUGCUGUCUUUGUUUUUUGUCUUAAACGGAAACACCAGAACAGUGUGUCACAAAGGGACCUCGAGGAGAACAAGAGAGACACGAAUGAGCCCAGAACACCUUUAAUGAAUCCAGAAGUACGACAACAGUUCACUUCUCCAAAAUCUGAAAGAAUCAACCUACCAACUACUCCACCUAACAAGAGAGACACGAAUGAGCCCAGAACACCUUUGACGAAUCCAGAACUACGACAACGGUUCACUUCUCCAAAAUCUGAAAGAAUCAACCAACCAAAACAUCCUGAGCGUUUGAAGAAAAAUCUGUUUGCUAGACAACAAAACCCAGAAGACUGAGAGGCUUGUAAAAUAAUACGUUGAUGGAAACUCGAUAUCUAUCUAUCUAUCUAACUAUCUAUAGAUAUAUAUUUGCGUCUAACAUACUAAUGUUUGUUAUAUUCUGGUAAAAAGGGCAGAACAACAAACAGUUAAACGUCCCGUGGACCUCAAGCGAUAUCUAGUGUUCUGUGUGGGAAGAAGUAGUAAAGCACAAAUUCUCAAUGAAAUAUCUAGAUUUCAAUGUUUUACUUUGCAGAGCAAAAAGAAAUAGUGUAUGAAAGAAUUAUGUUGCACUUCAAUGUUUUAUAAUGAAAAUGAUGUUUUCGUGCUCAAUGGACGCUUAUACACAUUGACUUUAAGAUUGUUAUCGUGACACACUUAUGUUGAUGAUUGAAGUCAAUAUUACUGUUCAUGAGUUUUUAAAUGGUUUUAUAUUUUACUGU